AAGCCUGUCAGCUAGUCCCUGAAGACCCUGGAGGGUGAUCUUUCUUUCUCACCCAACAAGACCUCCCAAGGCCGGUUAAAUGUGGCAGCAGGAGAAUAGUAAGACUUCCCCACAUCCCUUCUUCUGGGACAUGGAUGUAGAGGUCAAGGUCCUUAGCUGAACAUCAAAGAAACAUGUGGCUCAGGUUCUGUUCUCAAGUUGGGACAAAAUUGGGGGGAAAUUCUGAUAUUUGAGGCUUGCACUUUCCUAAAUCCCUGCAAGUUGUUCCUCAACCCUGGGUAAAACAAUGGUCCGAGAAGCAGUUCCACUCUGCUCGUGUGUGUGACCGAAAUGCAAAUGUUACGGUGAGCAAGAGGAGGAGGAGACAAGAGGUGCCAGGGCUGUGCUGACACACCAAAAGGCUGCUGAUCAGAAGUAGAACUUCAUCUCACUGGCCAGGAGCUUUCUUCGUGCUGGGACAGUUUGAAGAUACGAUUUUGAAAAUGAACUUUAGGGGGAUUUUUCUAGCCAAGUGCCUGGUGGUUUUAUUCUCCUGUGUAAAAGGGUCUGCAAACAAAAUCGAUACGGAAUAUGGUAUUCGGAAUGGUUCUGUUUUCUUGAACAUUACUGGCUUCAAAGAGGAAAAGCAACAGGAAGUAAUAUGGCUCAAAAAUUCAUCACGCCUCGCGAAAGGCAAAGGUUCUGACGUGAAAUAUUACAAGGCUGGGAAAAAGUAUGAGCUGUUCCCCAAUGGAACCCUGAAAAUAAACCGCCUGGUGGAAGAGGACAGUGGAAAUUACAAAGUGACCGUGUACAAUGUCACGGGACAGCUGCAAGUGGAGGAGAACUUUAUUCUGAGCGUUCAGGAAAUGGUCACUAAACCAGAAAUCAAAUGGACGUGUUCACAAAAGUCCAUAAAGGUGACAUGUGAGGUGAAACAGAAGAACAAACCUGCUUUACGUUUGCUUCAAAAUAACAAGAUACUCUUCGAAAGACAGCCAACAGAUGCAAAUGGCAUAUGGAAGAUUGAAUAUCAACACAAGGCCAAAAACCGUACUGCAAAGUUCCAAUGUGAAGUUAAAAAUGACGUUAGCAUGAAAACUACUGAUCAGGAAAUCAAAUGUUCAGGGCCGCUGGACAUUAUUCUCAUCGGGAGCAUUGCAGGAGGUGCAGUUGUCUUUGUCAUCUUUUUGGCUCUGCUGAUUUACUGUAUCAGGAAGAAGAGAGCAGAAAGAUAUGAAGAACAGGAUGAAGAGACACCGAUACACAUUCGACAAUCGAGCGACGAAUCGAAAUAUCGGGAGCUUCCUAAACCUCCAGUUCACGCUCCCCAGAAGCAGCCACGCCAGCAGCAGAGACCCCCUCCACAGUCUCAAACUCAGUACCAGGCAGGGCCUCCCCGGCCCAGGCCACGCACUCAGCAGAAAUCUCCAAGCCACAUGAAAGAGAGACCUUAAGCAUCUGUCCUGGAGGAACAGAACCUGUCUCACUACUUGCUCUGGUGGGACUCGCCACAAAAAUAACCUUGCAAAUAGCCAGCAAUCCCCCAGAUUGGCCGCUUUUGUUGUGGAAGAUCACUGUCUAUACUGAAUGGCUGAUGAAAAGGCUCCACGAUGGAGACUUGAGGUGAUCACAGGUCACUACCUUGGCCAUUUUCUUCAAGUGACUCCAUGCUAAUGUGGGACAUUUAGUCCUGAAAUCUGCUUCCUUUUUGUUUCAUUUGGUUGUACCUCUCCUUGCCAACUUCUGGUCUAAUUUUUGGGGGGGGGGGCACAGGGAGGGAGGACGGGCCUAAGACUCUAUUGAGAUGACUUUCAUCACGUGUAUCUCUUUCUCCCUUUACCUGCACUCCCAUCCAAACACCCCUCUAGCUGUUGCAGCCAGUCAUUUGAUCACAUGGAGAGGAAAAUAGUUGUGUUAAUUGUAAUGAAGGCCUGACAUAUUGGAGUGCUGGCAAGAAACUGCAACUUUAUUUCUUGGCUACAGUGACAUGCCCUGGUUCAGGGUUCCAAGGCAGAUGUACUUGUCACGUGACAGGAGCCAGUAUCCAUUGGUGUGUGAGAUUCCUGCACAGUAAUACGUACUACCAACCAAAACCAAGUAGUCUAAUUAAUAACUACUUUCUCUGAACCUUGUUGGCUCUCUCAUCCCAUGGCCACUUUGUGCUCUCAAAAGAGGCCCAGGUGUGGUGGCCAGCGCAGCUAUUACAGUUGGUGUGCCACCUGGAGCCAGUCACGUGUACCAGAGAGGAGGAAUUCACCCUCUUGCUUUUUCUAUGAUACUAUUUGCUUCCAGGAAAGUCUGGAAAUGCUGCAGUGCUGUCUUCUGCCCCUCUCCCACGGAGGGAUUUAGGAGGCCUCGUUUGCUCCAUUUCUGUGAAGGACUUGGUUUAGGGCAACACCACGUAAUCCAUCUGACACCUGCAUCAGCAUUCUGAAAGCAAAUAGCCUUGUAUUGACACAGGCCAGGGGACCCAGCGGUUCCAGUAAUUCUUUCUUUGACAAAGGAGGACAUGCUCGGCUGGUCUGCAGUCAGCACCACAUGUCUCUGGGACACUGGGUGUAGUGCAGGGGUUCUCAAACUGGGGGUCGGGACCCCUCAGAGGGUCGCAAGGUUAUUACAUGGGGGAUCACGAGCUGUCAGCCUUCACCCCAAACACCGCUUUGCCUCCAGCAUUUAUAAC